AAAAUGACGGAAAUACUGCACAAUGCCCCGAUUGUGCUGGACAACGGCUCGGGCACCAUCCGCGCGGGCUUCGCGGGCGAGGACCUGCCCAAGUGCUUCUUCCCCUCGUGGGUCGGCCGGCCGAAGCACCUGCGCGUCCUGGCCGGCGCGCUCGAGGGCGACCUCUUUAUAGGCAACAAGGCUUCCACCGAGCUGAGGGGCCUGCUCAAGAUCCACUACCCGCUGGAGCACGGUGUCGUGACCGACUGGGACGACAUGGAGCGGAUCUGGGAGUAUGUGUACGGCGAGGGACUCAAGACGCUGAGCGAGGAGCACCCAGUUCUGUUGACAGAGCCUCCGCUGAAUCCUCGGAGCAAUCGCGACACGGCGGCGCAGAUUCUGUUUGAGACGUUCAACGUGCCCGCGCUGCACACGUCGAUCCAGGCGGUGCUGUCGCUCUACGCCAGCGGGCGGACGACGGGCAUCGUGCUCGACUCGGGCGACGGCGUGUCGCAUGCGGUUCCCGUGUACGAGGGCUUUGCCAUGCCCAGCAGCAUACAGCGCAUCGACGUCGCGGGCCGCGACGUGACGGAGUAUCUGCAGACGCUGCUGCGCAAGAGCGGCUACAUCUUUCACACGAGCGCGGAGAAGGAGGUUGUCCGGCUGAUCAAGGAGAGCGUGUCUUAUGUGGCGCAUGACCCGAAGAAGGAGGAGAGGGACUGGAUCGGGGUGAAGCCGAACGAGAGCAAGUUUGCCGAAUACGUGCUGCCAGACGGGCACAAGCUCAAGAUUGGCGCUGAGCGGUUCAGGGCUCCGGAGAUUCUCUUUGACCCUGAGAUUAUCGGCCAGGAGUAUCCUGGCGUGCACCAGAUUGUUGUGGAUGCCAUCAGCCGCACCGACUUGGAUCUCCGGAAGUCGCUGUACAGCAACAUUGUGCUGUCUGGAGGCAGCACGCUGACAAAGGGCUUUGGUGACCGACUCCUGACGGAACUGCAGAAGCUGGCGGUCAAGGACAUGAGGAUAAAGAUUUUUGCGCCGCCAGAGCGCAAGUAUUCGACUUGGAUUGGAGGAAGCAUUCUCGCUGGUUUGAGCACCUUCCGCAAGAUGCUGGUGAGCAUUGACGACUGGCAUGAAAACCCGGAUAUCAUCCACACGAAGUUUACAUGAUUUACGACUUGGGGCGGGCGUAUCGGCAUAGAGGCGAGCGAGAGUCUUUGCAUGUCUGCUGCUUUGGUU